CUUGCGAAGGUAGUUGAUUGGUGGGGCCCAGGGCCGGGUGGUUCACUGGCACGCCUGGCUGCCCGCCAUGGCUUCCUCGGCGGCUUCCCGAGCCCAGGAGGCUGCGGCUGAUGCGCUGGAUCGGCGCGUGCGGCCAAUUCUGGACCAGGUGGACUUGCGCAAUUACAAGCAGGCGGUGAAGCUGGCGGACGCUGCUAUCAAGAAGUACGGCGACCACCCGCUGUACCGCACCGUCAAGGCCAUGGCAUUGGAGCGCAUGGGGCGCAAGCAGGAGGCGCUCGACCUGGUUACAGACGUCCGGUCGGGCCCGCUUAACGAGCAUCUGCUGGGGAUGAUGCAGCCCAUCUAUCGGAACUUGGGUCGCUAUGACGAAGCCACGAAAGGGUACGAGAAAUUUGCAGCUGAAGAUCCUCAAAACCCAGAGCGCCAGAUCCAGCUUUUCAAUGCGUACGCUCGGGAGUACGACUACCUUAAGCAACAGCAGGUUGCGAUGAAGCUGUUCAAGCAGCUGGGCCGCGAGCAGUUCCUGAUGUGGGCCGUGUGCACUCUGGAGCUCCAGGCGCUGGCGGAGCAGGGGGGGCCCACUGGCGGUGGUGCCCGCAUGUUGCAGCUGGCAGAGGCCCUGCUGCGCAAGAAGAUGGGCCUCGCACGCCUGGAGGGGCUCGAAUCUCUGCUGGUGUUUCUGAGCAUCCUGGAGCUGCAGCACAAGCACGCGGCUGCCCUGGAACUGAUCCAGGGGCCCGCUGGGGCGCUGUUCACCCUGCCAGCAGACAAGGCUCGUGUCGAGGGAGAGCUGCAGCACAAGCUGGGCCACUACAAAGAAUCCGCCGCUGCCUUUGCGUCCGUCCUUCGCAUCAGCCCCGACGACUGGGCAGCCUUCCAAGCUUACGUGGAUGCGCUUCUAGAGUACAGGGAGGUUCCAGCCCAGACAGUAGAGGCAGCCGUGGCCUCUGAUGCACCGGAAACCGUUACGGCUCUCGAAGCGGAUAACAGCUGGAUGGGUCCAGGGAAGCGGACGCGGCUGAGCUUUGAUGAGGUCGAACGGCGCCUGGGGGAGGCGCACGACUUGGUUGCAGAGCUGCAGGCAGUGGUGGUGCAGUCUGGGGAGUUGCUGAGGGGGCUGUUCCUGGCGAAGGUCGAGCUGGAGAAGCGGCGCGCGGAGAGCGGGGAGCAGGCGGGCGGGGCCACGCAGGGGCAGCGCCGGGUGGCAGAGGCGAUUGUCAAGUAUUUCGACAGGCACGGCACCAUGGUGAGCUUCGCCCCGGACGUCCGGCAGCACGUGCUGUUCAUCACGGACCCCGGCGUGGCGGGCUGGCUGGCCGCCCAGCUGCAGCAGGCUGCGGAGCGCAGCGCGGCGGCGCCAGAUUGCAAGCCCGUCCACGCAUUACGCAGGAGGAUUGCUGCUGCGCAGGUGGAGGAGCAGCUGGGCCUCGUGCAGCAGCUGCCAGACGCAGAGCUGUACGCGCGCGCGGAGCGCCUGGCGGAGGUGUACCAGGCGAGCGUGCCGCUGCUGCACGGAGUGGCGCCGCGCGAGAGAGGCCCCGCGGAGGAGCUGCUGGUCAUGGCGGCCACGUGCCUGGUGGAGGGCUACGUCAGGACGGGCGAGCGGGCACGCCUGCUGGAGGCGAUCCUGGUGCUGGAGCAGGGGCUCUUCGACCGCAGGUGGCAGUCGGAGUACAAGCUGAUGCUGGUGAGCCUGUAUCUGCACGCGGGCGCGGUGGGCCCCGCGCUGGGCUGGUACCGCCUGCUGGACAUCAAGCACAUCCAGGCGGAGACCAUGGCCCACCACGUGCUGCCCGCCCUGCUGGCCUCCGCGCAGCGCGACGCCGCCGCGGGGCUGCUGCGCGAGCUGGCCGCCUUCCACGACGGCCACCUGCGCGACGGCGCCGACAUGACGCUCACCGCGUACCGCAACGGCACCUUCUCCAAGGUGCGCGAGUUUGUGCGCUUCAAGGAGCGGCUGGAGCGGUCGCACCAGCGCCUGGCCGCGCGCACGGAGAGCCUGCUGCUGCGGCUGGCGGAGGCAGCGGACAACCCCACAGAAGCGCAGGCCCUGCUCGCGGACGUUGGCUUUGGGCGCGAGCCUCUUGCGUGGUCCACGUCGGACCGGCUGGCGGCGUUGUCGUUUAAUGAGGACCUGGCCACCCGCCCCUGGUGGACGCCCACACCGGAGCAGUCCCUGCUCGACGCAGCGCCGCUCGCUGGGGGAGCAGCAAGGCAACCGUGGCACGCCCAAGAAGCGCAGAGCGCGCGAGUUGCCCGGGAUGCCCGGUGGCGGCGGUCGGUGCGGCGGCGGUGCCUCCUCCCGCGGCUGCUCGCGCUGACCCUCGACCUGGGGCCCGUCAGUGCCGCCCAGGCUGGCCCGCCAGCAGCGGAGCAGGCCACGCACAGCGAGCGCGGGCCAGCGGCCAAAGCCAGCGACAAAAGCGGGAGGGGCAAGGGAAAGAAGAAGAGCGGGAACAAGAGCGGUGACGUGGAAACCGCAGCCGGAGAGAAGCGCGAACCGGCGCCUACAAGCAACGGGGCUGCCGGACAAAAGAGGGAAACUGCGCCACGGGAACACGGUGGGGAGAACGGGUGUACCGCUGCACAUGGGUCUCCACAGUCGCCGGUGGACGAGAUGCGGCAGCUGGUGGACGAGUAUGCGCGCACGCUGCGGCCAGACACGCACGCCGGGAACGCCCCCGACGCAGGCCCCAGCAGCCCUGGGGGGGCGCAGCCGCUGGAUGAGCUGAGUCUGGCCGUGUUCACGACGAGCUUGCGGAUCAUGGAGGCCAGGGACGUGUUGGCGGGGAGCGGCACGAGCACGGAGGGGGCAGCGCAAGCAGCGGCCGCUCUCCCCGCACAUUUUCAGUCCAUUCUUGCUCGACUGCACGGCCUGGACGAGACCCUCGCGGGGCAGCUCUUCUCCGACCUGCCCACAGCCGGGGCCAGCCUGCGGCUACUGUCUCCGGGGCGCGCGCUGCCGCAGCUGGCCACGCUGGUGCACGAGGCGGCCGCGUGGCUGCUCCUGGCGCUGCACAGCUGGGCCAGGGUGUUCCCCGCCUCUCUGAAACGCAAGAAGAAGACCGGCACGGAGGACGACGGGAGUGCGGAUGCUCGCACUUUGGCGGUGCACGCUCUCCAGUCGCUGGUGAGCGGGGUGGAGGCCGUCUUCAGGAGCUGGGCGGACCGGCUGACGCAGUACCUUGCGCAAGCUGACGUGCACGCCCUGGCGGCCGCGCUCAAGGCCGAGCUCUCGCCCACAGAAACGGGCGGGCCCUCUAGCCAAGCGGGCCGGGUCCUGACUGCACUCCAGUCCUGGUCGCGCGAGAGGCAAGUAGCAAUUAUGCAAACGAGGGAGCAGAGCAGGGGCGGCGGAGAGGAAGAAAACGACGAAGCGGUGCUAGUCUUGGACUUGGAGGCCGUACUGAGGGCGUCCUUGGAAAGCUCCAGCGAGGUGCUCGAACAGAUUCGGACAGCGUCGUUGUUGAAGGCAAAUCUCUUCAAGAAGCUUAACGUCUGAGAUGUCCUGAACGGUUUAUGUUGAACCGACUCCUAUUAUAAGUCCAUGAAGGCGUGAUUAAGGCAGAAUAAUAGCUGCGGAAUCUGGAUGCAAGCAUCUCAAUGGUGACGCAGGUAUUACGUCUGAGUGCUUCAUUGCAAUGUGUGACCUGUUGCUUAGAUUGUUUCCGUCUGUACUCGAG